AUGGCAAAUCCACUGGUCACGUACGAUCGGUACAGUGGAGCACUAAAAAAAUUGUUGUUAGUGACUGGAUUGUGGCCAGUGGUAAAUCCAAGCGUAUUCUAUCGUUUGAUCUCGUUCGUUAAUAUUGCUGCGGAGCUUUGGUUGGCCUUUUCGAUUUUUAAUUUCGCGCGUUUGCAUAUGGCGAACUUUAAACUUUUAAUCGGCAGUCUCGGCCUAGGACUGGGUUUUCUCAUAAGCACACAAAAAAUGAUCAGUUUGAAGGUUCAUCGGGACCGACUGCUCGAUUUACAGACGAGUCUGCAAGCGGGUUUCUCUCGAGAUCUCGAAGAUCCCGAAUUACGACCGAUUUUGCUAUCGCCUAUGCUAACGUAUUAUCGACCCUCGCUGUUCUUUGCGAUCGUUGCCUACACGCUGUGCGCAUUGUACGUGACGGCGCCCAUCAGAGCGAUAAUGAUUCAGCUCAUCCACGGCGCGAAUGAGAUUAAAUGUAUUCUUCCUAUGCCGACCGCGUAUCCCUGGUCCAUUGGCGGAACGAACAAAUGGUUUUUUUCGAUCGUAUACGGCUACGAGUUUUACAUAUUUUUUUGUAUCACUUGCGUCGCAUCAUCGGUCGACGGUCUCUUCGGAUUCUACAUCUUUCAAAUAGCCGGACAGCUUCGCACGAUAUCUUACCGUUUGAGGACCUUGAAAUCGAAUGAAAACUACCAGGAAAUUAUAAAAGAGUGCGUCUCGAGGCAUCAGAUUUUGAUGCGCUGCCAAGCUCAUCUCGAACAGAUUUGGGGACCGAUCGUACUCUCAAUCACCGUCCUGAACGCAAUGAUUAUGUGCGCAUUCAUUUGGCAAAUUUCACACAUGGACCCACGAAAAGCCGUUACUUUUAUUAUCUUCAUUAUCACGAAAGCUAUUCAAUCGUUGUUUUAUGGAUGGUUUGGCUCGACUCUGACUACCGAGAAUGACAAACUUCGCGAGGCAAUAUACGCGAUCGACUGGCCAGGUUCGGGCCACAAAUCUCUCAUGACCAGUGUCCUGACCAUGAUAUCGUGCUCCAAGCCAAUCGUUCUUAGAGCCUGUUCCGUGGGGACCAUCUCCGUAGAUAUGUUUGUCGCUGUCUGUAAUACCGCUGUUUCAUAUUACUUCAUGCUGCGAACUUUGGAGGAUCAUAAAAGCCUUGAAUCAUGA